AUGAUUAUAAUUAAUUUUGUUUGCAUUUCCUUCAUUCUUUUUGGACUAAUAACUGGAAAUCCGGAUCCUUUUACUUUCCUCGUCUCGAACAAAUUUGGCCAACUUAGUCUUGAAUCCCCUACCCAAACUCGAGUAUUAGUCGAUGGAUUAAUUGCUCCCAAUGCAUUUGAUUAUAGCUUUAAUGAUAAGCUGGUGUUUUAUGUUGGAGAUCAUCAGACGCAGCAUUCUGAUUUCAUUUCGGUUAUUAAGGCCUUUAAUUUGACUGAUUUCCGUGCACACAAUGUAUAUAAAUUUGACCACGGUGCCAUAAACGCUCUGGCUGUUGAUUGGCAUAAUAUGAUGAUCUACUGGGCUGAUUUCAAAGAAGAAUAUAUUGCAGUUGGAGAAGUCAAUCUAGACCUGAUCACAAUUACCAGACAGAAAAUCAUAGUUUCAAACAAUAUGAGCAACCUGAGAUCUAUUUGUGUUGAUCCUGUUUCGAGGUCUCUCUUUUGGUUAAGAUCUGAAGAGUCUACCUUAAUUGAAAGCUCCGGUUUGGAUGGCAGUGAAAGGAAGACGAUAUUGGAAGAUCUUGGUGUCAUGGCAAGGGACUUGAAAAUCGAUCGCUCAAUUAAUCGCCUAGUUUGGUUUGAUGAAAUACGCAAUCGAUUUGGCUCUUGUAAUUUCGAAGGUGGUGAUGUGACCUAUAUUUCCACUCCAGAUUUGGGACCUGAUCGUCCACAACUUCUCACUGCAUUUGGAGGUCGAAUAUUCUUUUAUAAUGACCUGUCUAUAAGUAGUGUGUUAGCGAAGGAUAAGAUACCAUUUUCAACAAUGGUUCAUAGGCGUUUUGGGCAUCAGAUAUACGCUGCCAUGGUAUUCAGUGGAGCCGACCGAAUUCAAAUUCCAAUGAAAGGAAACUUUACCUGUCUACCGGAAAAAUUUAGACAUCUUUCAACUGCAGAUGAAACAGGAUGCAAUUUUCUGUGCCUUAGUUCACCCUCCAAACCUCAGUACACUUGUACCUGCCCAACAGGGAUUUCUUCAAGUAGAGCUCUUUCCUCACCAAUUUCCACGAAAGGCGAAUCUCAAAUAAAUCUUUCUAACUCAUACAUGUGCCCAAAGAAUCCCGAGAAAUUCCUCCUUGUCGCUCGACCACCGAAAAUUUUUAUGCUUUCUCUAGAUGGUCAACUUACAGAUAGUCCACUUUGGCCAAUCGGGACUUCACCUAAUCCUCGUGGGACUCUUGUUCGUGUUGAUUUUGAUCCUAAAUCGGAGUAUAUUUACUGGGUGGAUAACGCAAUCUAUCGGUUAAAACUUGGUGAACGAAAAUGCGAGGAGAUAAUUUCGUGGUUAUCAAUGAUGUCCCAUUUUAACAAUACCUUUUUACAGAUAUCGACUGGUGAAAAGACAUUGGAUGGUCUAGCAGUUGAUUGGAUAGUGGGGAAUCUCUACUGGUCCACUGGGGGAAAUCGACAAAUUUGGGUCUCUCGUCUAGACGGUGCUUGGCCACGUCUUCUUCUCACUCUGGAAGAUUUCGAUGCUGGCGCUGGUAGUUCAGCCAGCGGAGGUGGUGAUAAGGAAUCGGCAGAUGUCUUGGGGGAUCCUUACAGCGAUGAGACU